GACAUACAAAGCGUUACGGGUCAAAAGAAGAAGAAGAAGAACAUCGGGAGGGUUGGCAGCACUGCGGACCAACAUGGAGAGGAGGAGGCAGGCGUGACCCCGACCACUCUAUUUUCAUCGCCUUUUAUGCCUCACCGGACGCUGCUCCACCUCAUCCUUAACACCAGAGCCACACCAGGGCCGGUCCGCAGCCAUGAGGUACACCGAGAACACCAGCAUCUUCAAAUACCCGUGGGAGCAGGUGGCACAGGGCAUCUGGCAGCGCUACCCCAACCCUGAGAGCUCCCAUGUUCUAUCGGAGGACACGGUGGUGCGCAAGGUGGUGGACGGACAGCUGCACAGUAAGCGGCUCCUCACCAAGACCAACCGCAUGCCCAAAUGGGGUGAGCGGAUCAUCAGCGCCAGAAAUGUGAAUGUGAUCGAGGAGUCGGUGGUGGAUCCGCACAAGAGGGAGAUGUGCACCUAUACCAGGAAUGUGGGGCUGACCAAGGUUAUGACAUGUAUAGAGAAGGUGACAUACCGACCAUGCCCCGACAACCCCCAGUGGACCAUUGCCGACAGGAAGGCGUGGAUUGACUCUAAGAUCUUUGGCCUCAGUUAUGCCAUACAGACGUUUGGGGCUGAGCGCUACAAGAAGAACAUUCAGAAGACCAACGUUGGGUUCAUGUACGCACUCAACCGACUCUUCCCUACUGCCGGUGCCUCCCCGGACACCUCCCAAAGUCAUCACCCUUCCCUAGAGGAGCGGAAACAGAGGUUGAAAGAGGCAGCGCGCGAGACAGCCAAGCGGGCGAAGGAACUAGCUCAGGAGAAGGCCGGUCCCAUCUAUGCGGCGUGUGAGGGCGUCAAGAGCUGAGUGGAGGAAGCGGAUCGUACCACAGCAGAGGGUCAGGCUGGUGCGGAAACAUAUAUACAAGCAAGGAAGGAAGGAAGCAGUGUUUAGGGGCCAUGGUGGUUGUCUGUCCAGCCGUGUGUGAGCCAAGAGAAGAGAGAGAGGGAGGGAGAGACACGGAUAGAGUGACGUGUCCGCCGCCGAUGUGAUGUAAUGCAUAGCGUAUUGUAGAUGGGAUUGUGUUGUUAUGUAGGGCGUCUUUGGCAGUCUGUACGAUAUGUUGAUUGUUUUUGGUAUAGUUUGUGGAAGAGGAAAGGAAGGGAAAAUAUAGAUAGAUAAGGAAGGAAGGAGUGAAAAGGAAUAAGGGAAAGAAAAUGCUUGGAAAAAUAUGGAUAAGGAUGAAAAUGAAAGGAAGGGAAAAGAAGGAAGGAGAAAUAAAGAGAGAGAGGAAGUGAAGAAGGGAAGAGAAAGGAAGAAAAAUAAUGUUAAAAGAAAGGAAUAGACAGAAUAAAAAGAGGAAGACUGGAAGAUAAAAAAAAUACCAAUAAACAUCAAAAUUCUACAACCCACCCACACAAACCGAUCCGUCAACCAUUCCCUAACACAAGCUCAACCAAUCUUUCCACCACUUCAAUUCCUACGUCACCCACCAUACGUAUCAUCAUCGUACGGACUGUCGAAGGCGCCCUACACUCGGGGGUUUGUUUACGUAGACUAUGGUUGUUUUGGCGGCCUGGGGUUGGGUCGUAACUUUUGUCUAUAUUCUUUGGGUCACUUCUGUAGUCUGUCGGUUACGGGUGAGAGCGAGAGAACGAGAGAGAGAGCGGUUCGGAGGCCGAGUCAUGGUUCUGCCGUUUAUAGCUUGCGUUUGUUUUUGUUUUCUAGUGAUUUUUUUUCAUUUUGUAGUUUGCGUCUAGUUUUUAACGUGACAACGAGUCUUCUACGUGAUUUCUCCUUGUUUCCGUUUCUCUAGUUCCUUGCGUUUCAUUUCGUAAUUUCACGUUUUUUUCAAUUGCGUGAUUUUUCGUUUAUGUAAUUCGCGUUUUUUUUAAAUUUCCGACGCGGUGAUUUCUCCUUGUCUUCGUUUCUCUAGUUGACCGUUGGCUUGUUACAUCGACCUUACCCUGUAUAUAUAAGAACCUAGGUCACUCUUUAUCUCCUCUUUUCUGGGUGUAUCUCAAACCCAAAGACCAUAAUUCGGGUGUAUUUCAAACCCAAGACCAUUAAUACUCCCUUUCCUAUGUAUCAUAAUAGUUAAGAGCGGGGACGAUAUGUGUUGUCAGCGUUGAGUCUUAUGGGAGGUCAAGUACCCUAUACGAACGGCGAACCAUGACUCAGGCGACGGAACCAGAGAGAUAGAGAGAGAGAGUUAGUUCACACGUUGCUAGUCCAUCUCGUCACUCGCGGUUCCAUUCCUCUGGUCCGACAACUUCCGGUAAUACGUUCAUUCCAUUCCCGAAACAAACAUUCAAGAGAUAUGUCGAACGCUGGAGUAGUGUUACGUAAUUUUCCUUCGACCAACGACGACAGCGCUAGGAUGGCUGUUUGCGUGCGUACGUGUGUGUGUGUGUGGGUGGGUGCGUGUGGGUAUGUGAGGACUUGUACUAUACCGGGCUCUGUCGAUGCAAGUGUGUGUGUGUGUGUGUGUGUGUGUGUGUGUUGAAACUUGUAAGGGGAGAGAUUGUGUACAUAUGUUUAACAGAGAAGAAAGUAAGAAAGAGGAAAGGAGAAAGAGAGAGAAAUGGAGAUAGGAAGGAAAAGGAAGAGAGGGAAGAAUAAAAGAGAGGAAAGGAGAAAGAAAGAAUAAGAGUAACAGAGAGAGAGCUGAUAAAAGGAGGGAAGGAAAAAAAACGGAAAAAAAUCCCCAACUUUUGCGACUGUACGUGACGGCCACUCACUAAUUCCAAGGUUCACGCCGUCCACAGGGGUCAAAGCAUGUGCGUUAGUCCGUUGGUGUGUCAGGACGGACAUGCGGACACGGACAGUAUUGGGGGUGCUGGCGUGACUGGUACGUGUGUGUGUGUGUGUGUGUGUGCGAUCUUGCCAACUCCCUAGUAUUGAGUCUGCCGAUAGUUUGAUUUCGUCGCCUGAUGCUAAGCUACUCAGACUCGGUUGUGAAAUCCGUUUGGGUGCGGCGAUCGGCAAGUCCCCUGGUCACAGUGUUGCCAAAUCUCAUGUAUACGGGAUAGCUAACGCAUAAUUCCACAUAGUACGUAGAUGGCAUAAUUAGAGGUGUGUUUGUGGGUUGAUGUGGCAAUACUGUAGAGGUUUCCACCCACACCCAUAGACAUAACACACGAUUUCAAAUACCACGUCGCCGAUAUAUGAGAGAGAUGUGUUUUUGGGUGAUCUGGCAGCGCUGUGAGGUCUGAGCCGCACCCAAAUGGACUCCACAUUCGCGUCGGACUGUAUAAUCCCUCGGUGCAAACGUAACCUGUGUAUUGCGUCUCGAGUAUUACACCCAAACGUAUUGUCUCGUGUGCAAAGUGAGCCACGGUGUAUUUAUAACAAUGGGACACAGCGCUGUAGUUGAAUGCAGACAAAGUUCAAAUAAUUAUAGAGAAAGA